AUCCCGCAUGCGCCGUGCGGGAGUGGGGUGCGGGGCUGCGCGCGCCGACUCUCUUUUUCUCCACAAGUAGCUGAGGCACAGAAAUACCCACCAUGGAUUUUCAGCAUCGUCCUGGUGGUAAAACUGGAAGUGGAGGUGUAGCCUCUGCCUCCGAAAGCAACCGGGACCGCAGGGAGCGGCUCCGGCAGCUGGCGUUGGAAACCAUCGACAUCAACAAGGACCCUUAUUUUAUGAAAAAUCACUUGGGCUCUUAUGAAUGCAAGCUGUGCCUAACACUGCACAACAAUGAGGGGAGUUACUUAGCACAUACCCAGGGGAAGAAGCAUCAGACCAAUUUGGCCCGCCGAGCUGCUAAAGAAGCCAAGGAAGCCCCUGCCCAGCCAGCACCAGAAAAAGUCAAGGUGGAAGUGAAGAAAUUUGUGAAAAUUGGACGGCCUGGUUAUAAAGUGACCAAACAGAGAGAUCCAGAAACAGGCCAGCAGAGCCUUCUCUUCCAGAUUGAUUACCCUGAGAUUGCAGAGAGCAUCAUGCCUCGCCAUCGCUUCAUGUCCGCCUACGAGCAGAGGAUUGAGCCCCCUGACAGGCGCUGGCAAUACCUCCUGAUGGCUGCAGAGCCCUAUGAGACCAUAGCCUUCAAGGUGCCAAGCAGAGAAAUAGACAAAGCAGAAGGAAAGUUUUGGACCCACUGGAACAGGGAAACCAAGCAGUUCUUCCUUCAGUUCCACUUCAAGAUGGAGAAGCCCCCAGCACCUCCAAACCUCCCACCAGGACCUCCAACAGUCAAGCGGCCGCCGCCUCCUCCGCUGAUGAACGGCCUCCCCCCCCGGCCCCCUCUGCCUGACACCAUGCCACCACCUCCCCCAGGAGGCAUGACUCUGCCUCCUAUGCCUCCCUCUGGACCAGUGCCACCACCCCCAGUGCCACCACAAUUGCCACCAGCUCCUGGUGUCCCCCCUCCUGCUCCUUUGCCACCCAUGAUGAGGCCACCUCUCCCCACAGAGGGACCAGGCACUAUUCCCCCUCCGCCUCCCUCCAACUGAAGCCCCUCCUGGACUCAAGCCUGCUGGACUCCUCUAGCUUCUAUCUUUUUAUAUGCAGAUCACGACUGAUCCAGAGCAAUAGUUCUGUUUUGUACGCCUGUGAAUUUGACUAAAUCCUGUAGGUUCAUUAAAAGGUUUUCAUUUUUCCUUUCUC